CGGUGUCAAAGCGGAAGUCCACGUCAGAACUCGGGCACGAACUGAAGAAAAACCGAGAAGCAGGACGGAACCGUUCCACUUUGACCUCGUUCGGGUUUUAAACGGAAACUUUUUCGGUUUUGGCCACAGAAUGGCGGACGAGGCCACGCGCAGGGCCGUGUCGCAGAUCCCGCUGCUGAAGACGCACGCGGGGCCGCGGGACCGCGCGCUGUGGCCGCAGCGGCUGAAGGAGGAGUACCAGGCUCUGAUCCACUUCGUGGAGCAGAACAAAGCCGCCGACAACGACUGGUUCCGCCUCGAGUCCAACGCGGACGGCACGCGCUGGACUGGCACGUGCUGGUUCAUCCACGAACUGCUGCGCUACGAGUUCCGGCUGGAGUUUGACAUCCCGGUGACGUACCCGGACACCGCGCCCGAGGUGGCGGUCCCGGAGCUGGACGGGAAGACCGCAAAGAUGUACCGCGGCGGAAGGAUCUGCCUGACCGAGCACUUCGCCCCGCUGUGGGCCCGGAAUGCGCCGCGCUUCGGCCUGGCGCACCUAAUGGCGCUGGGACUCGGACCGUGGCUCGCCGUAGAGGUCCCGGACCUGAUCAGCAAGGGGCUCGUGGUCCACAAGGAGGGGCAGCGGGAGGCGGCGGCAGAGUGACGUCACCGGACGGAACGCUGAACGCUGAAAACCUGAACCUGACUGAAAACCGUUUGUGUGCGUUUAGACCGGGAGUGGAAAUGGUGACAGAGCGAACAGAGUCUGGCGGAGAGUUCCCCAACACCGAGACCAGACCGGAACCGAACCGGUCAGGGAUGAAGAUGAUGAAGACGAUCAGAGCAGAAAGUGAUGAAAGUCUUCCAUCAUUCAGGACGUUACAUCAAAGCUGAAAUGAACAGAUGAUAUUUUACUGGUUUGUAAAAACAAAACGUUCUGCGCUUUGAUUUCACGACAAAAUAAAGUGAAGAGAAACUGAAGUUUAACUGGCGAGA